UACGACUAACCCUAGCAAGAUGUGGGAAGAGCUUGCCAGCUAUAAGAAUCACUUCCUUCAACUCGAAGUGAAGAGCAUGAAAAGUGAAACGAUAAACGAUUUGGUCACCAGCGCAUAUCAACAACGUCAAUCGAAGCGCUGCAAAUGUGCAUGCCCAGACGUGGCCAAAUGUGAGAGUUCCACCUAUUUCCGGGACCAUGCGGCGUUGGCUUACGGCUUCAUAUGCGUAGAGAAGUUGAUCAAAGAUAUGUGUAGUGACGUGCCGCUAGUAAAAUGGCAGAAUAUUAAUUCACUCUCAGAAGUAUUGCGCAAUCCAUGGCAAGCGCAGCGGGCCAUUACACAGUACGAUGUGGUGCGGAAGUGCACAAAUAUGUUCAUGCGCCUACAGUAUGGCUAUCAUCAGGAACACUACCACGAACGCAGGCAGUUGAUGAAAAUAUUUUAUGUAGUUUCCGGCUAUCUAAAUGGCGCUCACCAGAUUGCGCAACGCACUCAUCUACUCGAAGAGUUCUACGCGAUCAUUUAUAAGCGUGAGGAAACGCAUUUGCUGGCUUGCAAAGUGCUGCGCAAUUUAACGGAGAAAGCAGAAAUUUUGCUCUACAUGCUCGACAAAACCGACUCUUUACGCAAACUCACACUCAUUUUUAGACACGAUCCUUGCACACCCUUCUAUCCCAAUCCAUUGUGGGAACACCUUUGCCAUUUCUUGGAGAUUGCACCUCAGCUUGGCAUAGCUUACGGUUGUUUCGAACUUCUGAUUGAGCGCAUCAAAAGUAGACGUCUCUUCUAUCAUGAACUCUGCAUGAAAUGCUUCGCUAUGCUGCUGCGUUGUGAGGAGGGUCAGAAGCGUUUCGAUAAAAUUGAUGGCGUCAAAAUGCUCUAUGACAUAAUCGCGGAUGAGCAGCACAAAUUGGAUAAUAAUGAAUACGUCCUGCUGGCGUUGCUGCAUGGUUUGGUGAGCGAUCGCGUGCUUUGGCGUUGUCGUGAAUUUACCGUUCUGCCGAAACGCAUUAUUGCGCUGGCGAAGUCUAAGAAUGCCAAUUUGCAGUUGGUAUGCCUCAAGAUACUUCGUCUCUUAUGCGCAAUGCCCUGUGUAAAAGCCUACAUUCUUAACGGUUGCAUGUCUGAUAUAAUGUCUAUUAAGUGUUUGAAUGAACAGAAUGAGUGCACGCGUGAUUCGCUGGCGGAAUGGUUAAACCGCGAUAUUUGGGAUUCGAGCGAAAUGUGA